UUAUUGCAGAGUCCAGUCAAAAAUGAGAGAAACCAUAGAAGCAGAAGCGCUUGGAGGUCGAAACGAACUGGUCCACGAUGUCUGCGGUGUAUCCCACUGUCCUGCUGUGUGUGUACGGCUUCUUCUCCAGCCUGCGGCCGUCGGAACCUUUCCUCACUGCUUACCUGAUGGGGCCGGACAAGAACCUGACGGAGACCCAGGUUGUCAAUGGAAUCUAUCCCAUAUGGACAUAUUCCUACCUCGCCCUGUUGCUCCCAGUCUUCCUGGCUACAGACUACCUCUGCUACAAGCCGGUGUUGGUACUGCAGGCCUGCAGCCUGGUACUGACCUACGCCAUGCUCUGGAAGGCCCACGGCAUGCUGGCCAUGCAGCUGCUGGAGUUUUUCUUUGGGUUGGCCACAGCGUCGGAGGUGGCCUACUACUCCUACAUCUACAGUGUGGUGGAGCCAGAGCUCUACCAGAGAGUGACCGGUUACUGCCGCAGUGUCACUUUGUUCGGCUCGGCYACUGGGUCACUCCUCGGUCAGCUCCUGCUGUCGUUGGCCAAAGUGGAGCUAGUGCACCUCGUUAAGAUUACGCUGGCGUCAGCCACCGUGGCCUUCGUUGCCCCCUGGUUCCUCCCCAUGCCCAAGAGGAGUUUGUUUUUCCACAUGAGUCCAGGAGUAGUUGAGGAACCUGCAGCUGGCUCCAGUCCCAGCCCUGAUAAGGUGGAGGAUUCAGAAAGCAGAGCGCCCAUGAUAUCCAGGUCAUCCGAAGCAGCAGGUGGCAGCAGUGGGCUUGUGCAGGUGUUAUGGAUGCUUUUCCAUGACUUCGUGGAGUGCUACAGGUGUCGCCCCCUGCUGGCAUGGUCGGUGUGGUGGGCCCUGGCCACAUGUGGCUACUUCCAGAUUAUCAACUACGCUCAGGCACUGUGGGAGAAGUUCUAUUCAUCCCAACACCAUGAAAUCUACAACGGCUAUGUAGAGACGUUGUCCACGCUGCUUGGCGCUCUGGCUGCUCUGCUGGUGGGCUGCCUCCCAGUGGACUGGACCCACUGGGGAGAACUGCUCCUGUGGGUCCUCUCCCUCCUCAUGGCCGCCUGCGUUUUCAUCAUGACCAUACUGAAGAACAUCUGGGUGAGCUACAGUUCCUACAUCAUCUUCAGGACCAUCUACAUGCUUCUCAUCACCGUGGCAACGUACCAGAUAGCGGCCAGCCUCAGCAUGCAGAGAUACGCUCUGGUGUUUGGAGUCAACACGUUCGGUGCCCUGCUGCUCUGGACUCUGAUCACCGUGGUCGUGGUGGACUCAGCCGGACUCGGCCUUGACGUUGUCACUCAGUUUUUCAUCUACGGAGGCUACUUCGCAGUCAUCUCGGUGGUCUUCCUCCUGGCCGGCCUCUACAGAGUCUUCUCCUCCAGGCGGACCAUGCAGGAAGUCAAUGGAGACUCCAGCCCUCCUCCAAACGUGGGGUCAGGAGGGUUGCUGGUGCCUAUCUCCAGCUAACGUUCCGGGCGAAAGGCGGGGUCACCAUGGACAGGUCGCCAGUCUCUUUGCUUCUUUUGUCAGAGGUAAAUAUUUCAUAUAAUUAGACAAACUUAAUCUGAAGAAAAAUAUCAGCUUUCAAAUGAUUUCAUUUCAGGGGAAAAUUAUCCAACCCAAUAUGUGAAAAGUAUUCACCCUCUCACCUUAUGUCAUGAAUUCUUUAUGAAAACAAAAACACAUUUUUUGGAAAGUUUUCAAAGCCACGUCUUAACUCCAUAAACAAUUCAUGUGUGAAGACCAUUAAUGCAGCUAAAUUCAGAUUGACCCCAAAUUCCAGCAGUUAAGAGUUGAACAACCAUUCCUCACGAUUAGAGGUGAUUAUUUAUUCUACACCCUCAGGUUAGUUCAUACCAUUCUUCUUUUUAAUAAAUAAAAUCCUCGUUUAAAUUCUGCUUUAUCUUUUUAUUCAGAUUAUCUGUGAAGAUAGUUUGAUCUGAAAUAGGUGUGUACCGAUUGCCGAUCACUGAUCUUUAAAAAGCCUGACCUGCCUAUAACGAAGUGUAGGGUCAAAGCUGUUAAAUUGCCAACAGUGGAGCAAUUAUUGUUAACAAAGCAUGUGUAGACGUGACCUGGUGGGUGUGUCUGUCAGUCCCUUCCGCCAUGAGACAGCUGAAUUGGACAGUAGCUGAUUUUCAAACCUUUACUUCCUUUGUCACCCAAGUAUUGGCCCAACACAAACUUAAAAUUAAGGAAAUCGAGGCCAAUUUUAUGGCCAGGCGAAUUAUCAGUGCACCCCUGAUCUGAAACAUUCAUCUCUGUCAAGCAAAAAUGGAUCCAAUUUAUGAAGAGGCAGAAAGAAAAGUUCUUAAAGAGAAAAACAAAACAUUUUGAACUUUUUGUUUCACUGUUGCCAGGUGUUCAUAUGUGAUGAAGCAAAAUGACCAAAUGAAUUUUGAUAUAAUCAGAGAAUAUAAUCCCAGAAUUCCUUGCUGUGGCAGCUUAAUGCCAAAGACUGUCGUUUCCAUUGGCUCGUCUGACAUAUGCAGUGGAGGGAAGUAACGAAGUACAAGUACUUCGUUACUGUACUUAAGUACAAUUUUCGUGUAUCUGUACUUUACUUAAGUAGA